UCGGCGGAGGGAACGGCGAUGGCGGUCAAAGCGCCCUUGCUGGAAGAAGCCACCUGCUCCAUCUGCCUGGACUAUUUCCAGGACCCCGUGCUCAUCCCGGAGUGCGGCCAUAACUUCUGCCGGGGCUGCCUGACUCGCAGUUGGGGGACGUCGGAAUCGAAGGCUUCCUGUCCCCAGUGCAGACAGACCUUCGGGCCCCGCAACGUCCUGCCCAACAGGCAGCUGGCGAGGCUAGUGGAAGAAGCCGGGCGAUGCGGCGGUUGUUGCGACGAGGAAGGAGGGAGCCUCUGCCCGAAGCACCGGGAGCCCCUCAAGCUCUUUUGUAAGGACCACAAGACCCUCAUCUGCGUGGUCUGCGACCGAUCCAAAGAGCACAGGGGCCACUCGGUGAUCCCUGCAGAAGAGGCUUUCCAGGAGUACCAGAUCAAGGUUGGGUAUUGGCUGAAGGCUCAGAAGGAGGAGAAAGAAAAAAUAGCUACGUACAAAACGGACACAGAGCAAACAGUGCAGGAGAUGCUUGACCUCAUUAAAAAAGAGAAAAAAAAUAUAGUGGCUGAAUUCAGAGAACUACAACUCUGGUUAGAAGGACAGGAGAAGCUUCUGUUGGCUAGAAUGGAAGAGACGGAGAAGGAGAUUAUGGCAAAAAAGGAGAAGAGUUUGGCCGAACUGUGCUCUUUUGAUGAUCUCAUCCAGGAGAUAGAGGAGAAGCAUCAGCAGCCAGCCAGCAAACUCUUCCAGGUACCAGGCAAAGAAAAGAUACGAGAAUCCGAUGGAUUUAUUUCUAGAGCCGAAGUGGACAGUCUGGGAUUACAGUGAUAUCACUGUGUUUCUGAAAAGCACCAUGAAAAAAUUGAGAGAUACUCUGGAAACUGGGCUUCAACUACGGAAAGUGAAAGUAAUUCUGGAUCCAGACACAGGCCAUCCUGACCUCCUUGAUUUCUCUGAAGAUCAAAAAAGUGUCACACGAAUUGAUGAAACAACACAUCCUGUUCCAAAUCGCAAGAGACUUGAAUAUAAUCCUUAUGUCCUUGGCUGUCAGAGGUUCUCAACAGGGAGACAUUUCUGGGAAGUUAUUGUAGGAGAUACAGCUGGAUGGGGUAUAGGGGUUGCCAGGAAGCCGGUGAACAUAACAAGUGUUGAUAAGCAGAUCUUUCCCUGGCAUUUUGGGAAAUGGGGAAGGAAAUACAGGAUCUUCUCUCCAUCAGAACGUUCUGAACUGGUCAUGACCGAGAAGCCCACAAGGAUCCGCAUCUCUCUCAACUGCGAAGGGGGACAAGUGAGCUUUUUUGAUGCCAGGACCGCAGCUCUGCUUUAUACAUUCUCAGACGCUUCCUUGGUUGGAGAGACCCUUCUGCCCUCUUUCUUUUUGCAGAAAAACGCCUCCCUGACCCUCCCCUAAAAGAGGGUCAAAAGACAAAACUUUGGAAAAAAAUCCCUAUUUGCCAAGUGGUGAAAGCCUUUAAAACAGACAUUACUUAGCUUCUGGCUACUACACUUUCCUUCAGUGCUCUAUGCCACAUUCAGCUGCUUGUAGUUAAGUGGCCUUUUAAAUCGAAGGAAUGGGUCAAUCAGUCAAUUAAUCUAUAAAGGAAUAACCUGACCAUCAUUUCUCUUUGUCUGGAUAAAAAAAAUGAGGUGUCCUAGGAGCUUUAUAGGCUUUAGCAUCAUGUGUUCAGGUGUGUCAAUAUUAAAGAUACUUUAUAACUAAACCUACAUGAUUUUAUGUGUGUCAUAGCUCUCCAUCCCAUUUAUAGAUUGGGAUUUAUACAAGUGGAUUACUGAUUGUAAGACUGAUUGUAAUUUUAUAGGUGUCUCAUGGAUUGUAGUUCCUUUGCAAUUUUAUGUCAAUAAAUUUAUUUUUACCUUAUCUUAUUCUGCCAAUAUGAGAUUUUAUUUCUAUUUUAGAGUGAUGAUAUUAGUUUUAUGCUGUUUGAAAUCAAACAAAUCUGAUUAUUCUGUGUAAUACAUAGAAACAAAAGACACACCGAAGACAGUAGACAAAAGCAAAACAUACCAUCUGUUAUCAAGAUAGGAGAUGUGAGCUCUAUGUGGAGUAAAUGUGUCACCUGGCUCAAGCCAAAAUUCAAUAGAAUUGUUAAUAGAAUUGUAAAAAUGAAAUACGUUAUUAAAUAA